AUGGAGACAGAGAAAUGGAUGGAGUUUGUGACAGAAGUUGCUGGACGGCAAGAUUUCCAACUCCAAUUAGAGAAAAGUGGAACUGCCCCUCUAAUUCGACAUAGGUUUAAACGGGAACUGAUCAGCGAGCUGCUGAGGGAGACCGGAGCUGAGCUGAAGCUUGGUCCUGUUGACGCCAAUUACGCAGGAGACUACUUCUGCUUCGUGAGGAACAGGGAAGACACCCCGUUCUGCAAGCCUGGAACUGAAGUUCGGACGGUAGGUGCAAUGGUCGGGUCCUCUGUGAAGGCUAUUUGUGAAGUGCGAGUUGCUUCAGAAGAAGAUCUCAAAUUCAGAUGGACAUUUAACAGGUCACGAGAAGUAAUGGCAAUCCCAUCAGCCUCUGUCCAUUCAUCAGGAAGCACCAGCUACGUCUCCUACAAAGCCAACACGGAAUAUGACUUUGGAACUUUGGCUUGUUGGGCUACUAAUUCAGUCGGUCUUCCGACGAAGCCGGAAAAUUGCGAUGUGCAAAAUAAAUCGAGAGAUCGAUUAGAAAUUGAAUGUACAGCUGGUGACGACGGAGGCUUGCCACAACAGUUCCUUCUUCAGGUAUUAGCAGAGGGCCAGCUGACGCCAUCUUUUAAAUUGUUCAGCCUUGAACCGAAAUUCAAGCUUCCUGGUUUGGAACCAAACAAAAGGUAUGAUUUACAUAUUUAUGCGAAGAAUUCCCUUGGCUUGUCGGAAGGUGCCGUUAUCAUAUCGGGCGUUUCCGGACCCGCUGCAACAGAGAAGCUGACUGGAAGAGGAUUUCCAAAAUUCUCCUCAAAGAAUCGAUCCGUGGUCGCUGUUCCUGAAUUUUCAACUUUUCCAUCUUCUUUCCCUCUUCUCCAGUCAACAGUUGGAAAUUCAGGGAAGGAUUCUCAAACUGAUUAUUGGCUCCUGGGUGGUGUAGCUGGAAUGGCUGGGAUCGCACUACUAGCCUCCAUACUCACAUACUUGGCCUGUAGAAAGAAGCAGAAACGAGAAGAUGUGCCCCUGAACAAUCUGGGACCUUCGGUCCACAUCAGAUAUCCUCGAGAAAAUAAUUCAGAUUACUACAAUGACUGA